CCUACCUCCGUCCACAUCCACGUCCACGGCUCGCUUGCGCCCAUGGCGGUCAGCAUCGACGUCCUGGUGCUCAUAGGUUUCGCCUGCGAGUCGCUGCUGUACGGCGCGUACUGCGUGCUGUUUCUCGCGUCACUCUAUGUGCUGUUCUAUGUCUGGGGAUCGCGGGGCACAGACAGGACGGUCGUGGUACUGCAUCUAUGCUUGUUCGUCGCGUGCACGCUGCAUUACGCGCUCGAGUUCAAUCAUUUCUACACAUACUUGGGCACAUCCGGAGUGGUGGGCUUUGCGAAUGAAGACCUUCAUCAGUUUAUUGCCGACUGUGUCGUCUCCGUGGCCGACUUUCUCGGGGACCUCAUUCUCAUCUAUCGCUGCUGGAUCAUUUGGAGCUGUCAAUACUACAUCAUAGUCCUCCCGCUCUUAACCUCAGCUGGCGGCCUCAUUUGCGCAUCCGUAGUAGGAAAGCUCGUCUGGGGAACAACCGGCGCCAACGUCUCCCCGUCCAUCGUCCCGCUCGGCCUGGCAAGCUUCGUCCUCCCCCUUUGCACUAAUGUUAUAGUGACUUCGCUGAUGGUCGGCCGAAUAUGGUACAUGUCCCGUGGUACAGCAGAGCUUUACAAAGUUGCCGGCAGCUCCGCGACCCGGAAAGCCAUCCAUGUCAUGGUGGAGAGUGGUAUGCUGUACUUUGCUGUACAGCUUGUGUUCGUGGUGGUCUAUGGCCUGAACCUCCCUUCGGACGUCAUCAUGAUUGCAAUCGCUGUGCAGACUUAUGGCAUCGCGUCCACCCUCAUCAUCAUCCACGUCGGCCUCGGCUUCUCUUCGGAGCAAACAACGAAUCAAGCAGCUCUCUCCGACAUGGCCUGGGUACCGCCCUCGCAGGUGACAGCGACGCAAAAGCCGACUUUGAGCACCGCUCUGACCGAUGACGACAAUGCCAUUGACGUCGUUGUCGCUCAGUACGACGGGAAGGGCGACACGAGCACGAGCGGAAGCACAGGCAGCAUCGUCAAGUAUGCUUGAUGUGUGCCUGGAAAAUACAUGUCUUGCGCUUGAUGCUGUGGGACGAAUAGCUGUAGCAUAUACCAUAUUGUAUGUAGUGCGCGACUGUCGUGGUAGGCACAUGUACUGACUCAGAAUAUAUACCCGUGAUUAU